UCAGAACCCAAUUUAAAAAGUAGUGUCAAUUAUAUUUGUUUUUGUGAUGUUUGUUAGUUUGUUUAUAUAAUAAUCAAACUGUUUUAAUUAUUAUUCAGAAUACAAUUCCCAGUGAUAUAAAAUACUUUGCACAUUGUCAGUGCUCUUAAUUUAGGAAUAAAAGUGGUCUGAAGUGGUUUUAAACACCACUGAAAACAUGUGAAAAUGUGCAGCCAAUUUUAAAUUUAUUGAAAGCCUUCAAGAUUUUUCCCAAAUUAGUCCUGUGGUGUAGCUUGGAAUGCAUAAAAGCUUGAAGAAUUUAGGACCUCGAAGAGUCCACAAAUUGAUGUCUGAAGCAUUGAAAAUUCUUCAAGAACAAUGUCGUGGUGCUGCCAAUGCAUCUACUCAAAGUUCUAAGGAAGAUUUUAAAAGAAUCACAGACUAUGAAAGUUUCAUAACGACCAGAGCAAAAAGGAGAAAACCAUCAGCUUUGAGGGAAAUAACAAAAACAAUCAGCCAGAUGCCUCCUCACACAAUCAAGUUUGCGGUUGGAGUUCCGAACGUAAACACCUUCCCAUUCCAAGAGGUGUCAGUGAGACUGAAAGAUGGUUCCAGCUACAACAUAGACGGGGAAGAUUUAGAGGCAGCUCUGCAAUACAUGCCUUCCUCUGGGCACACUAAGUUAGUGCGGCAACUCCAAGAACUGCAAGACAAAGCUCAUGGACCACAAGACUGGUCAAACACUGGUCUGGUAGUGACUUGUGGUGGCAGUGAGCCCAUGGCCUCAGCCUUCGACCUUCUGUUGGACGAGGGUGACCCGAUCAUCAUUCCUAUACCUGUGUACCCUGGCUCAGCUGACGCACUGAGAGCUUACAAGCCAGAAUACAUCGCCAUGCAGCAGGACAAAGACGGGAUUCAACCCACUCUACUCCGGCAAAUACUACAAGAACGGAAGCAGAAAAACAAGAAAAUGCCUAAGUUGAUGUACAUUAACCCAACUGGUUGCAACCCAACCGGCAGGAAUCUUCUUCUGGAGAGAAGGAAAGAAAUCUACCAGAUAGCUUGCGAGUACAACAUUAUAAUAUUGGAGGAUGACCCGUACUAUCAAUUGCACUUUUUAGACGAGAACAUUCCAAGUCUGCUGUCUAUGGAUGUCGAGGGACGAGUGAUCAGACUAGACUCAUUCUCCAAGAUUCUCAGUUCCGGGUUGAGAGUUGGCUACGUUACAGGACCUUCAUCUUUGAUCAGACAGAUAGAACUUCAUCUUCAGGUCUCCACUCUGCACACGUCCGCUCUUUCACAGAUGGUGGUGAGUAAGCUGCUCGACCAUUGGGGAUACGACCAGUAUCUUAAACACAUACAAAAUGUGCGAGCGUUUUACAGGGAGAGGAGAGAUCUUAUGUUGGCCGCUUGUGAUAAAUAUCUGACAGGUUUAGCCAAGUGGAAUGCUUCUUCAGGAGGAAUGUUUCUAUGGCUGCAAGUCCCGUUGUUGGAGGACACUUGGAAUUUUGCAGCCAAACACUGCCUGGAAAAGUGUCUUCUGAUUGUUCCAGGACAUCCCUUCACUGGAGAAGUCCCUCCAGCGACCUACAACUUUAUCAGACUCUCAUUUUCUUUGGCCUCUCCUGCUCAAAUGGAUGAAGGAGUGAAGCUUUUGGCAGAAAUUAUUAAAGAACAAGCUACAAAAAAAUGUUGAAUAGGAUUGAACUACUAUGGAAUCUACAUUUUUGCAAACAGUGCUAUAACCAGUUUAUGUCAUACUUGUGAAUAAUAAAAAAAAUAAUCCUGUUCUAUUACUACCUAUCCUAAAAUAAGCACAUAUAUUUCCAUUUUGACAGUGAAUGAAUAA